CAACAGCGACCAAUCAAAGCCAAGAGCGCGGUGCAACACCAACGAUCGUUGCUUCGUUGCAUCACAGGGAUUUCUAUGCUUUUCCCCCUCCACACUCACGCAACAUACAUGCUGCAUUUUUGCCGAACGGAAACGAGUAAAAUGUGAGUGCUCUAACUUUCUUAAGCCGGCUGCUCUCUCGCCGAUCAUCGUUCGUAGCCCUUUCUCACCGAUCGUCACGAUCGCAAGUGUCGAGCAGUGCAAGAAAAGUGCAAUCCGCGCAAUCCGCAUUCAGUGUUGGGCUUUCUUGUGCUGUGCAUGUGGUGCUUGGUGUCGUGUGGCAUAUCGAUCAAUUCUGUGAGAUAUUUCGCUAUCAUUCGUGGACGGAACAGUGUGUCGUGUAACGUUGUGUGUGUGUUCGCUUACGAAUUUCGAUUUUCAUCAAAAUGGACGGCGAAGGCCCUCCCGAGCUUGUAACAUCGAACAGCUGCCGUAACGAUAAGAAGCUGGUGGCGUUCAUAAUUGAGCGCCGAAUGAGACUAAUCGAAGUGGUGAUGCCAAUGGUGAUGUUUUUUAGCAACGUGAAGGAAAACUUUCGUGCAUUGUGGUUUUACAAUAACCACGAGAGCAAUAUUCCUCCGAAUUCGUCUAGACCUAUGACCAUGGCGUAUCGGAAAAGGCGUCACCAGGAGCGACUGAACAUGUUAAUCGCCUACAGCACUCCCGGCUCCCAGCUCAAUGUGGGGGGAUACCUGAAGCGAGCUCACAUCUCAUUCUUCAACAAGGAAGACUUCUACUGCUUGUACAACAUAUAUCAUGCAAAGAAGGCCAAUCUGAUCUUUGUAGAAUCCAGUGCUUCCGUACCGCGUUUGUACAAUAGCGCGCUAGUUCGAGGAUCGGGGUUCGUUAAUCCAUACCCACUAAAAGAACGCUUAGUCGUGAGCUGCUUUAGUCUUGUGGAGUGUAGAGACUCAACUAACUAUGGCCGUCAUCUAAAUGCUCGUCAGAACCUGGCCAGAGGAGAUACGGCACUACGCGAGAUGCCAUUUGUGAGUUUACUUAUAAAGGACUUGUGGAUGCGAUGCCACCAUUGCCUGAUCUACGCACCGCUCGUUCUCAUCCCGUGUCAAUACUGCUCACUGGCGCUGUUUUGUUCAGAUACCUGUCGUAACCGUGCCCACGAAGAAUACCAUUCGAUGGAGUGUGCCAUUAUGCCGAUCCUUCUUGCCCAGUGUACACCCAUCCAGUUUCUCGCCCUGCGUCUUACAAUCCGUGUUUAUAAAAUGUUCCCCGGUACGUCGGAUGCACUCGAUGCGUACAUUCGAAAACUAUCUGAAGACAUCAAGGCAAAUGAGUACAGCACGCCUAGUGCGAAGCCAGAUUAUCGGAAGAUUUACAGACUUGCUACCAACCGGAAGCAUUUGUCCAGAAAAACACUGACCUCCGAUGGACUGAGAGCAGUCUCGCUGGCUAGGAUGCUCGUGCGUGAACAUGGACUCCCAAACAGCUUUGUGGAAUUGCUUGCCGAACUGACUGUGCGCCAUUUGCACAUCCUCCGUUCAAACGCUUUGGUCCUGCAUUGCUCCGUGGACGAACCAUCGAAGGACGAGUACAGCUCGAGUUCGGUGCCAUACGCGCUAGUUCUGGUUACGACGGGCAGCAUGUUCAACCAUUCGUGCGACGCGAACGUGGAGUAUUCGCUGUCACCUGACGGUGCAAUUAUGUUUGUGGCUAAUCGUUACAUUCCAAGAGGCACACAGAUGCUCAUCAACUAUCGUAUCGAUCCCACGGAUACCAGAUAUGCCUUUGAAUGCUACUGCGAGAAGUGUACAACGAAACGUAUACUGGAUCAACCAUCAACACUCACGGAAGUUCGGGAAAGAUUGUAA